AGCAUCCCCUUCUACAUCUUCUCUGAGUCCUAUGGAGGGAAGAUGGCAGCUGCCAUCUCCUUGGAACUUACUAAGGCUGUUGCACAAGGGACAGUGAAAUGUAAUUUUGCUGGUGUGGCACUUGGGGACUCGUGGAUUUCCCCACUGGACUCUGUCAUGACCUGGGGGCCGUACCUCUACACUACCUCGCUGCUGGAUGACAACGGCCUGGCUGAAGUUAGCAGAGCAGCGGAGGACGUGAAGAUGGCUGUGGAGCAGCAGGAGUUUCGGAAAGCCACUGAGCUGUGGUCUGUGGCUGAGACUGUGGUGGAGCAGAACACUAAUGGAGUCAACUUCUACAACAUCCUCACCCAGGAGCCGGAUGACACACUCACUCACUCCUCUUCUGCAGGAGAGAACUUUAUCUCUCUGCAGACACGUCGCCAUAUUCGACCCCUCCAUGGCCAAUCACUGGGCGAGCUGAUGAAUGGACCAAUCAGGAAGAAACUGGGCAUCAUCCCCCAGAAUGUCACCUGGGGAGGCCAGGCAGAGGAAGUGUUCAGUUAUAUGGCAGGAGACUUUAUGAGGCCAGUGGUGGAUAUAGUCGACCAGCUGCUGAGCGCUGGAGUCAACGUCACCGUCUACAAUGGCCAGCUGGAUCUCAUAGUGGACACCAUGGGUCAGGAGCUGUGGGUGAAGCAGCUGAAGUGGGACGGGCUACCUGGAUUUAACAAUCUGAAGUGGACCGCCCUGGAUGACCCCACCUCCCCGGGCAUUACUGGCGCUUUCUGCAAGACUUAUAAGAACUUUGCCUUCUACUGGAUCCUCAAAGCUGGUCACAUGAUUCCCUCAGACCAGGGACCUAUGGCCUUGAAGAUGUUGGAGAUGAUCACCCAGCAGGACUGAUCCACCCACUCUGCCAGCUGGAAUGGCUGCGACAAUCACAAGAACCACAUGACCUUGUCUUUUUAAUAUUCCACUUUCUGCUGAACCAAAUCAAGAAACGGUAAUAACCUGUGUAAAUUUUAGCCAUAACAAUAAAGACAUUUGUCUCUUUUGUAAA